UUUUAGUUUUGCAAAUAAUCGUAUAUCUUUUAUAAAUUAUAUGAAUAUAAAUAAAAUGUGUAAUGUGAGAACUGAGUAAUCUCGACUCGACUUUCGUCAAAGUAAAUCGUCUUGAUAGUCACACGUGAUUCGCAAUUUCUACGCAUUGUCGAUAAUUGUUCGCCGCCAUUCGUCUUUCGAUACAUCUUUUUUUUAUGCUCAUGCUGACCAAUAAAACGCCCGGUUUCAAUUUCAGCGGGAAAAUUUGAAUUUCAAAUCAACCGUCCGCAAUUAACAAUAAAUGGAACUGCUGUCAAUCUUUCCUGCAAUAAAUAAUUUAUCAUUAAUUAUAAAAAUUAAUUAUUUUUAAUGACAAGUGGCAGAUAAUUAUAAUUGUGAGCAUUUAAAUACCCGAAGAAAUCGACGUCAAGAUGAAUGGACAAACGUGGAAUGUCAAAGACAUGUCAUCUAAACUAUUGUUAUCACCGUCAUCGUCUUCCUCGUCAUCGUCAUCUUCACGACGUGCAAGAACUCUCAGUGGUGGUAAUCCUAGUGUACAUAUAAAUAUUAACAAUGUAAAUAAUUAUGUCAAUAUAAAUAACAGCAGCAAUAACAGUAAUGCCGAUAGAAAAAGAAAUUCGAGAAAGCCGAUACCAAGGCCACAUGAAACUGAAGAAGAAGCUAUUUUGAGGAGAUUCCACGAUGCUCAGAGGAUGGCGCGUUUUCGUGCUAAAAAAAAAAAAGCUAUGGAAGAAGCUAAAGCACUGGAGGCUGCCAAAUUAACAGAACUUGCUAUGAUAUCCGAAUUAAAACGACGUAAUGUUGUAUUUCAAAUAAAACCUAGCAAUAAUAAUAAUAAUAAUAUUAAUACCAAUAAUAAUAAUAUUAUUAAUAAUAAUAAUAAUAAUAAUAAUAAUAAUAAUUACAGUAGUAGUAAUAGUAGUAAUAAUAAUAGUAAUAAAAGUAUUAGUGGUAAUAAAAAUAGCAAAGGAUCGACGUUGAUGAUAAAACCCGAUCAGAGAGAAAGUUUGAUGGCAAUUCAAAAUGAUGGACAGAGUAAAUAUUCCCAAUUGCUAGAAGUGAUAGAAGAACUUGGCAGAGACAUCAGACUGACUUAUGCUGGCAGUAGAACCUCAGCUGAGAGACUGAAAAUGGGAAUAAUCCAAGCGCGAAUGCUAGUCAGAGAUUGUCUGCUGGAAACAGAGAUUAAUUUACGACAAUAAUAUAUCUUAUAUUAUUGAAUUUUUAUUUUUAUCACUAUUAACAUACUUUUAGAUUAAACAGCUACAUUAAUAUAUCAAAUAAAUAAAUAAGAAAUAGCAAUAAUUGUUUACUUAGUGGCUUGUGACUUAGACAAUAAAAAUUUUCUAAUGAUA